GACUCUAUAGCCUGGGUUCCCAAAGCUUGGAAUCGGAGAGUUGACUCUGUUUGCGUUUGACUCCCAGCGCCGUUUAAACCACCGUUCCACUGAGUUCAGUUAUUAUCACACCAGUGUUAACACUUUCUUUAGCAGAAUGUUAGUGAUUUAUGACUAUCCUACAGUAUUUUCCUGUUCAUAAAGUAGACAUUUCAUGACAUAGGCUAAGAAAAAACAAACGUAGGUCUGUUUUUCAUACGGAGCUCAUUGGAUCAGGCUGUAACUCGGGCACGCGCGUCCUGUUACCAGGCAGAUCCUCGCAAACAUGGCGGCGACUGGGAACGAAGCGGAGACGUUGUUAGCUGAUAUCAAGGAGGAGGAGGAGGAAGAAGAGGAAGCCGAGGAGAUGGAGCGAGAAAUGGAGUCGGGAGAGGAAGAAGCAAUGGGCGUUGAGAAUUCCGAAGACGAAGAGGACGACGACACAUCGGAGGACGAGCGAGAAAAUGAAGCAGAAAUCCAGCGCUUGGAGGAGCAGCUGUCGAUCAACGCAUUUGAUUAUAAUUGCCAUGUGGACCUGAUCAAGCUGCUGAGGCAGGAAGGGAAGCUGUACAGACUGCGCAAGGCCAGGCAGAAGAUGAGCGAACUCUUCCCUCUUACUGAAGAGAUCUGGCUGGACUGGCUGAAGGACGAAAUCGGCCUGGUGGAGGGCGACGAAGCUGAGCGCGAGAAGAUCUACGAGCUCUUCGAGAAAGCCGUGACGGACUACAUCUGUCCUGAUAUCUGGUUGGAGUAUGCGCAGUACUCUAUAGGUGGCAUGGGGGCUGCGGGAGGCAUUGCCCGGGUGCGCACCACCUUUGAGAGGGCUCUGACCGCUGUGGGUUUGCACAUGACCAAAGGAGCUGCGCUCUGGGAGGCCUUCCGGGAGUUCGAGAUCGCCAUCCUCUCUACCCUCCAGCCUCCUCCCGGCAGCGUCUCGAGUCCUGAGCAACAGGAGCAGGUGAACGCGCAGCUUGAAAGGAUCCACACUCUCUUCAGAAGGCAGCUUGCCAUACCGCUAAUGGAUAUGGAGAGCACAUACACCGAAUACUCUGACUGGACGGAUGAGGGUGUGCCAGAGACGGUCACGCAGCACUACAAGCGAGCGCUGCAGCAGCUGGAGAGCCGCAGGCCUUACGAGGAGGCUCUGCUGGUGUCGGAGCCGCCGAAGAUGGCGGAAUAUCAGAGUUACAUCGAGUACGAGAUUAAGGAUGGAGACCCUGCUCGAGUUCAGAUCAUAUUCGAGAGAGCACUGGGGGAGAACUGCUUAGUUCCUGAUCUUUGGGCCAAAUACACUAUCUAUCUGGAUCGCCAGUUGAAGAUCAAAGAUCUGGUGUUGUCUUGUCAUGAACGAGCAGUCCGGAACUGCCCCUGGACCAUGGGACUGUGGAAAAGCUACCUGCUGGCACUGGAGAGACACUGCGCAGAGCAUCACAUAGUCUCCGACGUGUUCGAAAAGGCACUGAAUGCUGGCUUCAUACAGGCCACGGAUUACGUGGAGAUCUGGCAGUCGUACCUGGAUUACCUGAGGAGACGUGUCGAUUUUAGCAAAGAGGGGAGCAGAGAGCUAGAGGAGCUGCGGGCGGCCUUCACACGCGCUCUCGACUACCUGAAGCAAGACGUGGAGGAACGGUUUACGGAGAGUGGUGAUCUGUCCUGUACAAUAAUGCAAAUCUGGGCCAGGAUAGAGGCUUUGCACUGUAAGAACAUGCAGAAAGCACGGGAACUCUGGGAUCACAUCAUGACAAAAGGGAACGCGAAGUAUGCCAACAUGUGGCUGGAGUACUACAAUCUGGAGAGGUCGUAUGGAGACGCUGCACACUGUAGGAAAGCUCUUCACCGAGCUGUGCAGUGCACGUCAGAUUACCCAGAGCACGUGUGUGAAGUUCUUCUCGCGUUUGAGAGGGUAGAGGGUUCUCUGGAGGACUGGGAUGCUGCUGUACAGAAGACCGAGUCGAAACUGAAUCGAGUGAAUGAGCAGAGAGCGAAGGCGGCAGAGAAAGAGGCGCUGCUGGUCCAGCACGAAGACGACCGGGCUGAACAGCGUCGCAAAGCCAAGGCCGAAAAGAAAGCGCAGAAAAAAAGCCAGAAGACUAACAGGACAGGAGACAAGAGGAAGGCGGACGACGUGGGUGAAGAUGAGUGGGGAGAGGAGACUGAGCGCAAGAGGCACAGGGGUGAGGAGGAUGCCUCGGAGGAGCAGAUGGAGACGGAAGACGGGCUGUUCGGGCGCCGUGCUCCUCCGCAACACAAACAGGAGACUCCAGCCGCUGCGAAAAACCAGCAGGUGGCGAGAGAAGUAAAAAAAACAGCGGCCAGGACGCCCGACGAGCGCAACGACUCGUGCAGUGUCUUCAUCAGCAAUUUAGCCUUCAACAUGGAAGACCCCGAGGGCAAACUGAAGGCCGCGUUCGAGAGCUGCGGCACCGUCGUACAGGUGCGACCCGUGUUCGCUGCAAAGGGCGCCUUCAGAGGAUACUGCUACGUGCAGUUUGAGGACGAGCUGGGCGCUCGGGAGGCGCUCAAGUUGGACAGGCAGGAAGUGGAUGGGCGGCCCAUGUUUGUGUCUCCCUGCAUAGACAAGAGCAAAAACCCCGACUUUAAGGUCUUCAGAUACAACACAUCAAUGGAGAAGCACAAAAUCUUCAUCUCGGGGCUGCCUUUCAACUGCACUACGGAGAAGCUGGAGGAGUUGUGCAAGGAGCACGGUGCGGUCAAAGCUGUCCGCCUCGUCACCAACCGCUCCGGUAAACCCAAGGGCCUGGCCUACGUGGAGUUUGAGAACGAGGCGCAGGCGUCUCAGGCUGUUUUAAAGAUGGACAGGACGAAGCUGGAGAAUCACGUGCUCUCUGUGGCCAUCAGUAAUCCGCCAGCCAGGAAAAAUGAAUUCAUGCCAGUGCUGGGAGGCGCCGCGCCUCGGCAGAUUCAGGGCACUCGUGGAAAAGGACGCACGCAGGUGUCUUUGCUUCCUCGCUCUCUGCACCGUCAAAACACACCACAGGCGAAAACGGAGAACGGCACCGCAUCCAGACGGCAGGACGGCAUGAGUGACGGAGCGCAAGCGGAAAACCCCGGAACGAAGCCCCUUUCCAACGAGGAUUUCGCAAAGAUGCUCCUGAAAAAGUGAAGAAAAAAACAACCCAGAACACAACCUGUUUAACUUGCCUUGUGUCAGAAGCCAUUCUGUGUCCUUAAUGCGAUAGAGAAGAAGAAAAGCAGCGCUUUAUGUCCUUUUUUCCCCUGUAAAUACAUGAACCCAUACAUGAAGUUCAAUAAAAAAAAAGGUUUUAAGAGUAUGUCCUUGAAACUAAAAUAGGGUUAAUUCUUUUUGUACAUGUCAAAUAAUCUGUGUGACCUUUUUUGUUGUUUUAAAAUGAGGCUUAUGUGAGACCUUAAUAUUUACUACAGAAGUAUAGUGUGUUAUAAAUUAGAAACUGUAUGUAUUUGCCAUCAAUUUGCUGUCUCCCCCCGCCCCCCCCCCCUGCCCCCCCCCCUGCUUUUGGUCAGAAAAGGAAAAAACAAAAAAAACCCCUGUGAUUUGUUAAGCAUAAUUUAUUUGCAGUGCUAGAACCCUGGGAUUGCUCGUUGUGUUGAGAAUGAAGAAUCCAGAACACGAUUCGUAGACAAGUUUUGUAAUUAACGUGUUUUCAGAUAACUAGAUAAAAAAUAAUUCAGUAUUUAGUAGGAACCUUUUUUUUUUAAUAUCCGCUAUGUAACUUUUGUUUUUCUCUGGAAUUCUUAAUCGGUAGCGUUGUGUUCUUUCGAGCUCCUGGUGUUUUUCGUUCUGAAAAAACUUCUGAGUUUGUUGUCUCACAGUCAAGCCCUGUUUUUAGGAUUUCUAGUUCCAGAUGGCUGACACAGGAGGUUCUGCCUUAUCUUGUUGGCACAGUAUUGAGAAAUACGACUAGGUGUUCAAGCGAGGCUGGACGUUUCUGUUCCGUUGUCAGAAAGCACAAAUCUAGAACCUGAUUCAAGUCAAGGUCAGUGUGGAGUUCUAUCGUUUGAAACGCGGUUCUCGCAGUAAUCGAGUUCUGGGGUUUGAUCCGAUUGGGUUAGGUCUUGAUUUCUUCCGUCUGGUCUCUGUGACGUUGCCUUAGACCGUUCCCCGUCUCUGUGGAACUAAACGUUUAAGUGAUUAAGAAUCUAUGCAGCUGUUUCAUUGCUAGAACCUUCCAUGUUAGUUUGCCUAAACGAUCCCCGUUCCCUCUGCCAUACUGUACAUACACCAGGCCGUUUGGCUGAAGGCAUUUUGUCAAGGUGACGAUGGAAGGGUCGAACCUUUAACUGAACAUUUACGGUGUGUGAUGUAUAUUAUUUUUUAAGAAUCCCCCCCCCCCCCCGCACCAGUCCCUUUUUAUGGAGUGUUUAUCGAGCGUUCGCCACCCUCGCUGGAAGGCCGUAAGUUUUUUUUGUACAGCGUUUGUAUAUUUUGAUCCGAAGGAAUAGUAGCUCUAAAUAUUUGCUUCUGAUCACCACAGUGGCCUAAAUACAGUAGUAACGAGAAAAGAACCGUGCUGUUGCAACGUCUUGUUCAACUUGUCUGUAUCCUAAUUUCUUUGAAAAGUAUUGUUCUUGUUAACACCCCUUCUCCGUUGCCCCCCCCCCCCUUUUCUUUUUUUUGGCCAUUUACCUGAUACGUUUUCCGCAUCAUUUAAAAUUGUAUCACUGUAUCAUCUUUUUCUCCAUAAUUCUUUUCCUUCAUUGUUUAUUAAGAACAAUUAAAACAUAUGUGGUCAUUAAGACAGUGCUGGGUUAUUUUUCUGUAAUGUGUAGGGAACUGGGGACCGCUGUUCUUGGAAGAUAAUCGAUGAUAAUAUUCGUACCACAGAAACUUAUUUGUCGUAUACCGAAGCAAUUUGCAAACACCAGCCUUUUUUUUAUUUAUUAUUAUUUGUUAAUGAACAGCUUGUAUUUUUAUCCACUUACUGUAGUGGAAUGUCUGAGUAACAAAUUAGUUCCUGUCAUCCUUUCUAUAAUAGCAGCUAUAAACAGUCUUUGCCUCAUCAGCCUCUUUUUAUCUCGCUUUUCUGUGUCGGAAAACUUACUUUAACUUAGUUACAGCUUUGCGUUUCAGUGUUAAAGUGCUGACACUGGAGACACCUUCCAAAAAUGUCUCCAAAUAAUAAGAAUUUCUUAAUUGCAAGCUUUUAUUUAUUGAUUGAUUGAUUUUAUUUUAAUCCUUUUAUGUGCAGCACCGGUCACGUGUCCCUGUAUAUGUUGUUUCUAUAGAAGUUUGACCAAACAGCCAAACAUUCCACAGUGCUUUGGUCAAUGAAAAGCUAUAUUUGUGUAUGUAUACGACAAUGAGGACAAUGAAAGUGCUGAUCUCAAUAAUUUAAUAAUUCUUUCUCACACACACAGCUAAAAUAAAUAAUGUCAUUCCUGAAAUAUAAAGUGCUUCUUUGUGCAAACCUCCAACAUGAGGCACAAAGUGGUACUGUGGUUAAUAUUGUCCGUAGAGCUAAACGUAACCUUACAGAGAAAAAAAAACAACAACAAGCAAAUAAACACAAAACGCUGUCCACUCGGUCAGGUCUUAAAGAAUAUUGAAAUGGCACAUACAAUAGGGGAAAAUGUAGCUGACUCGCUUUAAUUCUGUAUUAGCAACAUUAGCAUAACUAGUUUUUGUGGUGCAGAAUUCUGAUCGUUUUCUUUAUAAAAAUUGACAUUUUUAGUUCCGGCACCGUUUAUAUGUAAACGGCAAAAAGUGUGUGGAAUGCUAGUUAGCACUUGGGUACAAAAAGACUCCUGGUAACAUAAAAUGAUCUCAGUGUGGAAUUUUGCCAAACUCCAUCAGAAUACCCAAAAUUUUGAAUUU